AGCCGCUGACUGUGAAGUAAGGAGACAGAGUGUCUUCAGAGACGAAGAAGAAGAAGAAGAAGAAGUGUGCGGCUGAGCUAAAGAGCGGGAGCUAACGCUGGAUUAGCAGAGCGGCUAACUUUAGCUCAUCCAAACACACAUGGCGAUGAAACGCCUGGCAGCCACAGGCAUGGACUCUCCAGACAGAAGUCAAAGUCCUGUCCCUGUACAGAGAGAGCGCAGCGGACCUUCAGAGGACGAGUCUAGUCCAGCGGCAGAGAGAUCACAACAGGCCGGCUCUGUUGAGAGAAGCCCCAAAGAGAGGCCGUCCGCUGAGGCCAGUCCUGCAGGCAGCGCCGCCUCCAGCAGCUCAGACAGCGACAGCAGCAGCAGCAGCAGCAGCAGCGAGGAGGAUGAACAUCACGGGGCUCUGAGGAAGAUCCGGAGCAGUGUGGCUCAGAUCAAAAGAUCCCGAUCUAAGUCCAGGUCCAGGGAGCAAGACAGAUCUGCAUCCAAAGAAAGAGACAGAUCCGGUUCCAGAGGACGAGACAGAUCCGGUUCUAGAGGACAAGACAGAUCCGGUUCCAGAGGACGAGACAGAUCCGGUUCCAGAGGACGAAAUAGAUCCGGUUCCAGAGGACGAGACAGAUCCGGUUCCAGAGGACGAGACAGAUCCGGGUCCAGAGGACGAGACAGAUCCAGGUCCAGGUCCAGGUCUAGGUCCAGAGGCCGAGACAGAUCCAGGUCCAGAGAAAGAGACCGGGAGCGCUACAACAGAGAGCGCUACCCAAGGAAACGCUAUGACGACUGGCGUGACGACAGGGGCGGGCGUUUUGACCGGCGGAACAAUCGCGAUGCAGAACUGGAUCACAGAAGACGUGGCCGCUCGGCCUCCCCACCAGCGGACAGGGAGCCAGCGGCGUCCGAGGAGCCGCCGGUCAAGAAGAAGAAGGAGGAGCUGGACCCGAUCCUGACGAGGACGGGUGGAGCUUACAUCCCCCCGGCCAAGCUACGCAUGAUGCAGCAGCAAAUCACCGACAAGAGCAGCCUGGCCUAUCAGAGGAUGAGCUGGGAGGCUCUGAAGAAGUCCAUCAAUGGUCUGAUCAACAAAGUCAACGUGUCGAACAUCGUCAUGAUCAUCCAAGAGCUGCUGCAGGAGAAUAUCGUCAGGGGGAGGGGUCUGCUGGCUCGCUCGGUGUUGCAGGCUCAGGCAGCAUCUCCGAUCUUUACCCACGUUUACUCCGCCGUUGUCGCCAUCAUCAACUCCAAGUUCCCCCAGAUUGGAGAGCUGAUCCUCAAACGCCUCAUCCUGACCUUCAGGAAGAGCUACCGCCGCAACCUCAAGCAACAGUGCCUGACUGCCUCAAAGUUCGUGGCUCAUCUCAUCAACCAGAACGUGGCUCAUGAGGUUUUGUGUCUGGAGAUGCUCACUCUGCUGCUGGAGCGUCCAACCGACGACAGCGUGGAGGUCGCCAUCGCCUUCCUGAAGGAGUGUGGACUCAAACUGACCGAGGUGUCCCCUCGAGGAAUCAACGCCAUCUUUGAGCGCCUCAGGAACGUCCUCCACGAGUCAGCCAUCGAUAAGAGGGUCCAGUACAUGAUCGAAGUGAUGUUUGCCAUCAGGAAGGACGGCUUCAAGGAUCACCCAGUGAUCCCAGAGGGCCUGGACCUGGUGGACGAUGAAGACCAGUUCACCCACAUGUUGCCGCUGGACGACGAGUACAACACAGAGGACAUCCUCAAUGUGUUCAAGCUGGACCCAGACUUCCUGGAGAAUGAGGAGAAAUACAAAACUAUUAAAAGAGACAUCCUGGACGAAGGCAGCAGCGAUUCAGGGGAGGAGGGAGACGGCAGCGACGAAGAUGAAGACGACGAAGAGGAAAAAGAGGAGGAGGGAGAAGAUGAGAAGGUCACCAUCUUUGAUCAGACCGAAGUCAACCUGGUGGCUUUCAGAAGAACCAUCUACCUCGCCAUACAGUCCAGUUUGGACUUUGAGGAGUGCGCUCACAAACUGAUCAAGAUGGACUUUCCUGAUAGCCAGACGAAGGAGCUGUGCAACAUGAUCCUGGACUGCUGUGCUCAGCAGAGGACCUACGAGAAGUUCUUUGGUCUGCUGGCCGGGAGGUUCUGUCUGCUGAAGAAGGAGUACAUGGAGAGUUUCGAGGGGAUUUUUUCAGAGCAGUACGACACAAUCCAUCGACUGGAGACCAACAAACUGAGGAACGUGGCUCGGCUGUUUGCUCACCUGCUCUACACGGACUCUGUUCCCUGGAGUGUGUUGGAGUCGAUCAGGAUGAGUGAGGAGACCACGACGUCGUCCAGCAGGAUCUUUGUAAAGAUCCUCUUCCAGGAGCUCUGCGCAUACAUGGGCCUCCCCAGACUCAACCAGAGGCUCAAAGACCCGACUCUGCAGCCGUUCUUCGAAGGUCUCUUUCCUCGUGAUAAUCCCAGAAACACUCGCUUUGCCAUCAACUUCUUCACCUCCAUCGGACUGGGAGGACUGACGGACGAGUUGAGGGAACAUUUGAAGAACGCUCCCAAGAUGAUCAUGACUCAGAACCAGGAAGUGGAAUCCUCGGACUCGUCCUCAUCCUCUUCAUCCUCCUCAUCCUCCUCGGACUCCUCCUCCUCCGACUCCUCCAGUGAUUCAGACUCGUCCGACUCUUCAUCCUCCUCCAGCAGCAGCAGCAGCAGCUCAGACUCAGACGGCAAACACAGGAAGAAGAAGAAGAGAAAAGAACAAAUUGAGGUGAAGAAGAAGAGGAAAGAGAAGGACAAGAAGAAGAAGGACAAACCCUCCGACAAGAAGCGAGGCGGGCGCAAGAACGACGACGAGGACGACAGCGGCACCGAGAAGCGGGCGAGGAAGGAGAGGAAAGGCCGUGCGCGAGAGGGGGAGGAGGAGCAGCGAGAGCACGCACGCGAGACGGAGGAGAGAGAGCGCGCACGUGACGGCGCCCGCCGGAGCAGGCGGGACGAGAGGUCGGAAGAGAGGGAGCAGCAGCCGGAGGAGGAGAGGAGGCGAAAAAUGGACGAUAAGGGCAGACAAAGAGACGGAGAUAGGGAGAGAGAGAGAGACCGAGGGAUGGAAAGAGAGAGGGAACGAGGGCGAGAGAGAGAGACGGAGGAGAAGAGAGAGAGGGAGAGGGAACGAGAGAAGCCGAGGGAUAGAGAGAGGAAUAAAGAGAACAGAGACAGGAACAGAGACCGGGAGAGAGAGGAGAGGAGGCGGAGAUAAAACCCCUCCAUCCUGAAGCAGCAGUGAUGGACUGAUGAUGGCCUCCAUCUUUUCCUUCUGUCAUCCUUCUCUCCCUUACCUCGUCCCCCUCUCUCUCUCUCACUGUGUCUGUAUUUUCUAUUAUUGAUUUUUGUUGUUGAUGACGUAAAAAAAAAA